AUGGCCACCUUCUGGCGGGGCCUGUGGGCCUACCGCAACUACCUGAUUGUCGUGCUCCUGCCCUUUGUCCUGCUGCCCCUGCCCAUCCUCAUUCCCACCCAGGCAGCCUACUGUGGCUACACCAUCAUCCUCAUGGCGAUCUUCUGGAGUGUCGAGGCCCUGCCCCUGGCUGUCACCGCCUUUUUCCCCCUCAUCUUGUUCCCCAUGAUGGGCAUAAUGAGUGCCAAAGAAGUGUGCAUCCAGUACCUUUCGGACACAAAUAUCCUGUUCAUCGGGGGGCUGCUGGUGGCCAUUGCAGUUGAGCACUGGAAUCUGCACAAACGCAUCGCCCUCAGUGUGCUCCUCAUCAUCGGCGUGCGGCCUGCUCUGCUGAUGCUGGGCUUCAUGGUGGUCACGGCCUUCCUGUCCAUGUGGAUCAGCAACACGGCUACCACGGCCAUGAUGGUGCCCAUUGCUCACGCCGUCCUGGAGCAGCUGCACAAGGGACCUCUGAGCAAGGACGCGGAGGAUGGCAGUGACAAUCCCACCUUCCAACUGGAGGAAACAAGUCCCCAGAAAGAAGUGACCAAAGUUGAUAAUGGGCAGGUCCACCCUGUCCCACCUGAUCCUUUGAAGCCAAGGGCACAGACGAAAGAGGAACAGCUCCAUUUUUCCAAGGGUAUGAGCCUGUGCGUGUGCUACUCAGCCAGCAUCGGGGGCAUCGCCACACUGACUGGCACCACACCCAACCUGGUGCUGCAAGGCCAGAUCGACAAGAUCUUCCUCAAAAAUGGCAAUGUGGUGAAUUUUGCCACCUGGUUCACUUUUGCCUUCCCCGCCAUGAUCAUCUUGCUGUUGCUUGCCUGGCUGUGGCUUCAGGUCCUCUUCCUGGGGUUCAACUUCCGGAAGAACUUUGGCAUGGGGGAGCAGGCACAGGAGCAACAGCAGGCGGCCUUCCAAGUCAUCCGAAAAGAGCACAGGCAGCUGGGCCCCAUGAGCUUUGCGGAAAUAGCUGUCACCAUCCUCUUUGCCCUCCUGGUGCUGCUCUGGUUCACCCGGGAUCCAGGCUUCUUCGUUGGCUGGGGCAGCCUGGGUUAUAUGGAUUCCGAGGGGAAACCCUUGAUGUCCGAUGGGACAGUGGCCAUGCUCAUCAGCAUAAUUAUGUUCAUCGUGCCCUCCAAGAUCCCAGGGCUGACUCAGGAUCCUGAAAACCCAAGGAAGCUGAAGGCUCCUCCUGCCCUCCUCAACUGGAAGACAGUGAACGAGAAGAUGCCCUGGAAUAUCGUAUUCCUGCUGGGUGGUGGCUUUGCCCUGGCCGAAGGCAGUGAGGCAUCGGGCCUGUCUGGCUGGUUGGGGGAAAAGCUGAUCCCACUCCAGCGUGUGCCGCCUCCUGCCAUUGUCUUCAUCCUCUGCCUCAUGGUUGCCACCUUCACUGAGUGCACCAGCAACGUGGCCACUACCACACUCUUCCUGCCCAUCCUGGCCUCCAUGGCUCAGGCCAUCUGCCUCCACCCUCUCUAUGUCAUGCUCCCUUGCACUCUGGCUGCCUCCCUGGCCUUCAUGCUGCCUGUGGCAACCCCGCCCAAUGCCAUCGUCUUCUCUUUAGGAGGACUCAAAGUGUCUGACAUGGCGCGAGCGGGAAUCGUGCUGAACAUCUUGGGCGUGCUGGUCAUCAUGCUGGCUAUCAACAGCUGGAGCUACCCCAUCUUUAACCUGCACACCUUCCCCUCCUGGGCCUACAACGCCAACACAACCCACUGCAUGGCGAACACCACCACCCCUAGCCCCUAG